AUGGGAAAGAAAGUACUUGUCAUCCUUACCAGUGCAGACAAGUUCCCGGCAACAGGGAAACCUACAGGAUGGUAUCUUCCAGAACUUGCACACCCUUACAAGGUUUUGGUUGAUGCUGGGGUCACCGACAUUGAUAGUAUCAGUCCCAAAGGUGGGAAAGCUCCUCUGGACCCGACUAGCGUGGAACAAUUCAAAGAUGACGCUGUCUGCCAGUGGUUUCUGAAAGACGCUAAGGCCCAGGCUUUGGUCAAUAAUACGAAAACUCCCACCCAGGUCAAGGCUAGCGACUAUGCAGCUGUUUUAUUUCCAGGAGGCCAUGGUCCUAUGUUUGAUUUGGCCACAGAUGCAGAAAUUGCUAGGAUCACAGCAGAAGUUUAUGAGAAGGGGGGAGUUGUUGCCGCUGUUUGUCAUGGCCCUGCUGGUUUGGUUCCAGUAAAGCUGUCAAAUGGUGACCCACUUGUUAAAGGCAAAAAAGUGACCAGUUUUACAAAUGCUGAAGAGGAUGCUGUUGACCUGAGCAAGUAUAUGCCCUUUAUGCUGGAGACCAGGCUAGAAGAGCUUGGGGCCACUUUCAGCAAGGCAGACAACUGGCAAGAGCAUGUGGUUGUUGAUGGGAGACUGAUCACAGGACAAAACCCAGCAUCAUCAACAAAACUAGGGAAGUCUAUUCUUGAACUACUCAAGUGA